AUGGGUCGGCAGGAGCGGCAGGUUGAGGCCGAGAUUUUAACGCCACUCUUGGUCGCAGUGCAUCACGCCAGGACCGUGGCAUCACCUUCGCAAUUUGAAGAAAUUCAUUUUGACCCCUUGGCAAAUGGUGUGAGGGUACUCCCUGCUGAGGCUUGCACCUGGCAUAUUUUGAAAACGAUAAUUCUGGGCCAGAUGCUCUCCUUGUUUAUCUGUGGGACUGCUGUUACAAGCCAGUACCUAGCAGAACAAUACCAAGUGAAUACUCCAAUGUUUCAAAGUUUUAUCAACUAUUCUUUGCUUCUUCUAGUUUAUACAACAAUGCUGGCAUUUAGGACUGGCAGUGACAGUCUUUGGCAAAUUUUGAAACAGCGGUGGUGGAAGUAUAUUUUUUUGGGACUGGCUGAUGUUGAAGCCAAUUACAUGAUCGUAAAAGCCUACCAAUACACGACCCUCACAAGUGUGCAGCUGCUGGACUGUUUUGGGAUUCCUGUGCUGAUGGCUUUGUCGUGGUUCAUUCUCCGUGCAAGAUACAGGCUGAUCCAUUUUCUUGCUGUUGCCAUCUGUUUGCUGGGUGUAGGAACAAUGGUGGGUGCAGACAUUUUGGCAGGGAGGCAGGACAGCGAAGGUAGUGACGUGGUGAUUGGAGAUGUCUUAGUGCUUCUUGGUGCUUCUUUGUAUGCCAUUUCUAAUGUGAGUGAGGAAUACAUUGUGAAAAAUCUGAGCAGAGUGGAGUUUCUAGGAAUGGUGGGCUUGUUUGGGACUAUUAUCAGCGGUCUACAGCUAGCCAUUGUGGAACAUAGGGAGAUAAUGAGAAUUCAGUGGAACUGGAAAAUUGCAUUACUGUUCACAGUCUUUGCCCUGUGUAUGUUUGCGCUGUAUAGCUUCAUGCCAGUAGUGAUUAAAGUUACCAGUGCAACCUCAGUCAACCUGGGUAUUCUGACUGCGGAUCUCUACAGUCUGUUCUUUGGGCUUUUCCUCUUUUUCUAUAAGUUUUCAGGUCUUUAUAUCCUGUCCUUUGUUAUCAUCAUGGUGGGCUUCAUCUUGUAUUGCUCCACUCCAACUCGGACGGCAGAACCCACUGCUUUGCCACAGCCCCGAAGCACCGGCUUGGACAACGCUGCACUAAAGCUCGAGGAGAAUGACAGUGAAACUCCGGCCAUAACUGUACAGUUCACAAAACUGUGAGAAACUGUGGUGGUCAGCACUGAUUAAAGAAAUGGCAGCAUUUCAAAAUAGAGUUUUUUUUUUUUUUCUACUGCCAAAUUUCCCUCAAAUAUUAACCUGGAGAAUUCUACUGCCAAGGCAUAUGUUAUGCUGCGCUGGUUUUAAUGCACUGGAUAGACUUUUAAGGCCAGAUCCUCAAUCAGUGAAACUGUAUUGAUUUACCCUUGCAGAAAAUCUGGCCCUUAGAAGAAGAGAGAGUAGUAUUUAUGUGGAGUCUCUGGGAAGUGAGAGACUCUUAUUUUGAAAUGCUUAAUUAACUUAACAGCAAAUGCUUGGGGGAAAAACUAAGCCAAAGCAUGCUCUCAGGUCACUAACUGGAGCAAAUAUGUUUUAUAUUGCAUUAGGGACCCACGUCUGCAAGAUGCUAUCUGAGGGCUUCAUGGUUCCCACGCCUCAGUGCCGGGUACCUUCAAAUAGCAUCUUGCAAAAGCCACUCAGCUUCUCACAGGAUCAAGUUCUGCAAGCCAUAUUACAUACCUACACCUUCCAUGUACUGAUGGACUUCAUUCCUCCGCUGGAGGAUUUGGUCUUACAUUCCACCCAAAUGUUCGUCUCUUCAUAUUGCUGCACUCCCUGUCGCAGCUGGGGCUGCUACAAGUAUUUUAUUUUGAAUUUUGCUAGUAAGGGAAGUUUGAAUAUGUGUUUUUAUAAGCCCUUCUUUUUCUCUCUCAGUGGCCUGUUGUUUGGUGCAUUCCCACUAGGUGGAGGAGACAAAGUCAGGCCCUUGCUCUGUUCAGCAAGAACUGAAGGAUUUUUUUUCUGGAUGAGACAGCAAAAGGGUUUGAACUGAAGUUCACUUCUCAGUGAAUUUCUCCCUGCAAUGGGACACAUUUCUGCAGGAAGAUUUGAAGAAAAUUGGCAUUUCUUAAAAAAAUUGAAACAUCUCAGCCAAUCCUCAUUGCAACAAUAAUGACAUAAUCUCCAAAAGGUUAAGUGCUUUCAGUAGAUUCAUUGGCAGUUUUCCUCCCCCUCUUCAUACUUACAGUAAAUGAUUAAAAAAUAUGAGGCUGCAGUUUUAACAUCAGUAAAACCAUACUGGGAUUUUAUUUUAUUUUUUUGUACAAGCCUUCAUAG